CGCAUCAAGCAUAUCUGCAUCUGCCUUCUUACUCGUUACCAUCCGCCCUCACUUGCCAUCUCCCCGCUCGCUUCCCACCUUGUCCAUACUUUUCAGAUACGACAUCGUCCGACAUCGGCCUUGACGUUCCGUCUUACAUUUCAUGUUCUGUCACGAAGCGGUCAGUAACAACAAGCAGAAAUUGUACACGAAUAAUCAACUUCACACUCUUCUUUCCCUUGUCACUUUGUUCGCACAAGUGCCCUCACAUUCCAUUCAUCACUUCUCAAACUUUCGUCCUGAGAUUGCAACGACUGCUAUUUUAACCUCAACUACGGCAAUUUCCGAUAACAUGAGCUUUUAAGGUUCCAAUAUUACCCUAUUAUCCCAUGCCAAGGACAGAGGAGACCCAGUACCCCGGCGCAGGGACACUUUAUGUGUACUCAGCCUCCCCUCAUAGAGGUAUAAGUCCCUCAAGAAGCAAUAAACGGCGACAGUCACCAUCUGCGUGGGCUACUAUCCCGACGAAAUGGGAAGACAUUGUGACGAUCAAAGAAGAGCCGGUGACGAUGGCUACACCAGAUAGUUUACUCCAAAAUGGCAUCGCCGAGUUCACGUAUCUACCUUACUCCUCAGAAGGAGUAUUAGGAAGAGGGAAGUUUAGCACUGUUUACAAAGUAACCGGGUCUGACGGAAACUAUCAUGCUCUCAAGCAUACCCCUCUGUAUCCCCAUCACCCACUUAUAUCUGCUCGACUGCUGCGUGAACCCACUUUGUUGGCCGAAUUGCCGCGGCAUCCAUGUCUUAUUGGUGUGGAAGGCUGGGUUCGCACUGAAGGGCAUUUCUACCUCGUCGAGGAGUACGCCACCAACCAUGUUCCACUUCCCACACACCCUCUUCCUAUUACACCAUCCAGAGCUGCCUACAUUCUCGACCAACUCGUCUCCUGUGUGAGAGAUACGCUGCAUGAAAAGGGACGAGUCUGUCAUCGCGAUCUCAAGGGCGAUAAUAUCCUGGUAGAUGCUGAUAGCGGAGACAUCAUCAUACUGGAUCUUGGUCUUGCAACCAGGUUUUCUAUGAGUCAACCCAAAUUGUCGACAUGUUGUGGCAGCCCCGCCUUUCAUUCCCCAGAGAUAGUGAUGGCUCUCUCGCGACCACCAGGGGAAAUCACGUAUUACGGCCCUGAGCUCGAUAUCUGGUGCAUAGCUCUCACUCUCCUUUCUCUACUUCUACAAGUCCGGUUUCCCCUCGGUCCAAAACAUACAUCUCCCUACGUUAUGCGAGAACGAGCCAUGGAUCGUUUGCAAGAGCUCGACGAGCUCUAUCCUCGUCACAGUCCUUGGAGACCAAGACCGUUGUCCCGCUCAGCGCGAAUGAACGGAUAUGACAGAGCAAAUACUCAGGACACUGACGUGGAUUUCGAGAAACAUGAGUGGAGAAGAGUACGGAAAGCUAUGGAUGAUUUCUUGGACAUUGAUGGAGUGAGGCGAAUGGAAAAGUUCAGAGCUUAUGAAAUCGGAGAUAAAACUCGACAGAAGGUUGCGAGUUACGAGGUAAAAGAAGUGGAAAAAAAGUUCAAGUUGAUUAAUUUCAUCCCUACAGAAGUCAAGUACACUUUACCCAUUUUUCUGGAAGAGGAAGAAAUAAUCAAGAAGAAGACCGGGGUGAUUUCAUUCAGCAAUCCCUUGGGCGAAAGUGAACGUCGGGUGAAGAGUUACAUAAAAUAUCUCUUACGCUCAGCGGGCAUACUGUAUCAUGUCCUUCCUCCACAGCAGAUCUCAAAUUCGGCGACCAUGCCUACUCCUCCUCAAUCAUCUGAUCCUUCAUCCAGCCCGUCCUUUAUUCUCCAGAUCGUAGUUCCGCUACCGAAUCAACCGUCAUCUACCGCAUCAUCUACAGCUCCACUUAGUCCAUCUUCUCUGACAGGCUGGUUUCCCUCUAUCUUCUCCUUCCGACAGGGACUAAAUAAGCCAUCUGGCGCAUCUCCUGCUGGCCGUUCCGUCUCUGUGCCACCAAUCAAGAAGUCACACUCGCCUUCACCAGUUCUUCUUGGGGAUAAGGCGGGCUCAAAUAGGCGCGAUAAGCUGUUGAGAUGUUACAUCAAGGUAGAGUUUGAAAACAAUCAGAGAUCGCCGCUAUCUGACAGAGAUAGGCGAAGUCGAGCAUCUUCUGAGACUUUCAUCUCACUUCGAGAAGGCUUAGACCUUACUACCUUACAUCAAGUUAGCUUAUCUUCCACCAAUUCCACCUCUACAUCUGCAACCCCUGCCCAAUCCAACUCAACAGUACACACUACUCCUCGUCCAGCACAUCCACAACGUUCAGCCUCUGCCUGUCGCCACCCUCAAGCACGCCCUCACCCUCGACGUGCAGCUUCUUUGGCGCCUGCUUCUAAAGACGCCUUGUCUACUCACCGUACAAACGCCGCUGUUGGAAUGAUGAAUAUGACCGUUCCUCCGUCUCCCCUUAGUCGGAACGUGAGCUUAGGCAGCUCACCAUCCGACUCUGAAACACCUGCUAGCAGAAUAUUCAAUCGUCCGCCCAGUCGAGCCUCGUCCAUCUCUCGCAAAGCAAGUGGUGCUCGCCCUAGUCUUCUUUUGUCCCACGCCCACUCAUCAUUCACCUUACCAAACCAGUAUCCUGCAAGGUUAUCAAGCAUCGAAUCCAAAAUUCACAUCCAUCUUUCUGACCAGCGAGCAUAUUCUGUCCUGGUGAAAGCGCUUGACAUUAAGCAUGAUGGAGCCUUGGGGAUGCACCACGGAGUUGGCGAUCCUGCAUUGUCACCAAUGUCCGUGCGGCGGCCAAGUCUGGCGCCAAGCGUGACAGAAGGGGUGGAAAUUCCUAAUGGUGGAUUGGAAGAAGAGUUGGAGUUGGAGCCAGAGAGAGGGAGAGCAAGGAGUAAAGAUGAUGGGUCGUCUUUAUUAUUUGGCUACAGGAAUGGCAACGUACCGUCGCCUCUUUCACCGAUCAGCACCAGCACCAAGUUGCCACUGGCCACAACAACGAUCAUCGAUGCAUUGACACCUGUCGAUAUACGUUUGGAGGGCAAUGCUAAUAGAGGGCAUAGACCGAGAGAUCAUUUCGAGAAACGUGCGCCGAGAGAUACGAGUAGAGGUAGAGGAUUGCUGAACAUGUUGUUUGGCAAGUCGGGAGAUAUAAAAGUGUCAAGAUCUUCCAGUGUGCCGCCAUUAGCAUCUGGAGAGAUAAUGACGCCUCCCUUGUGGUGAAGACCGUUGUUUUUAUUGUGUUUCGGUUUCUUCGUUGUUACAAAUGUCAGUAGUACAAUCGUUAGCAUAUAUAGAAGGUCUGCAACAUCCACAAUGAUUCUCCACAGGAAAACUAGAUGCAAAAGGAGC